UUGGCGGCAGUGGAGGUGUUGGUGGACAAACUGUUUAUAUUACAAAUCCAUCAAUUCACCGGUGCUAUGCCUGCAACAACGUUAUCUUCAGAAACAAUAAAUUCAACAACAACGAAAUCUCUUGCACCAGUUUCAAUAACACAAUCUAAUGCUUCGUUAGCCACAACUGAGAAUAAAGGAACUCCAGUUGUUAUUACAUUGGGCGAUGAUAUUGAAGUACCUGGACCAACUGAAAUGACGACUGGCAAAACUCCAGUUGUAAAAGCACCAAUUAAGGGAGGAACAUCAAAUAUUCCACCCACCAAAGCAACACCGGCACAAACAAGUGGUCUCACUUCAGCAGCGUCUCCAACUUCUGUACCUCAACAGACAACUACAACAACACAAACCCAAACUAAUGGAAAUUAUUGGGCAAAAGGCACAGGUUUUGGUAGUGGAACUACUCAACAGCAAUGGAGUCUUAGUCAACAUGUUGCAAAAAGAAGGCAAGAUGAAAAUAAUGUUGCAGCAUUGUUGCAUAUUCUUAUCGCCUUUAUUAGUCCUUUAUCACAACGAUUACAAGAAAAUCAAUCAACAUUUUCAAAUAAAAAAGAAGAAGAGAAACAAGAGACAACAAAUUCUGGUGAUGGAAUAGAAUUGGUUUUGCCAAUAUUUAAUGAAGAAAUAACUUGUUCCAAGGAAGAUGAAAAGACAAAUAGAAUGAAACUGAAGAGAAGAAGAGGAAAGGAUUGGAUAUUCCGAGUAUUAAGCUUUCUGAAGAGUUUGUUGAACUUCUUUUCUGACCAACUGAAACAGGCAAAACUCCAGCUGUAAAAACAACUACUGAAGGAUGAAUAUCAAAUAUUCCUCCAACCAAAACAACACCGGCACAACCAAAUGCUGCUAACACACGAGGAUUUAUUGCUCUCACUUCACCAGCGUCUC